AUGCAGCAACACUCGUCAUCCAACCUGACAACGCUUGGGAAGAUAUGUAGAGAAGAGUGGGAGAAACUCCCCAAAUACAGGUUGAACAAUGUCCAUUUUCAUUUCAAAUUGACAUCUGAUUACAUUCACAUUUUGGCAGACCUGAUUCAGACUGAAGAUGCUCCUCAACCAAUACCAGUGACUACUCGUCUAUUUGGAGACAAUAUAUCUUUGCCAUGUCCUAAAGCAGAAUCUCAACAAUUGCUGUACUGGUACAGACAAACUGUUGGCCAACUGCCCCAUCUUGUCGCAUCUGUAUCCUAUGCAUCAGAACCUGUACUUAAUGGAGAGUUUAAGAACCCACGUUUCAAAGUGGAGACAUCUGAAUAUGUGUAUAAUCUCAUUAUCAGAAAUAUCAGCACAUUAGAUGAGGCAACAUACUUUUGUGGAAUUGGGACAAUGUAUGGGAUGGACUAUGGACAUGCAACAUUUUUGGCUGUGAAGGGACACAAUCACCCUACAUUGGUGCAGCAACCAGUUUCUGAUCCAGUCCAUCCAGGAGACUCUGUGACUCUACAGUGUACAGUACUCUCUCAGACCUGUACAGGAGAACACAGUGUGUACUGGUUCAGAGCCGGAUCAGGAGAAUCCCAGCCUGGAGUCAUUUACACCCCUGGGAACUUGAGUGAUGCGUGUAAGAAGAACCCUGAGACUCCCUCUCCUACACAGAGCUGUGUCUACAGCCUCUCCAAGAACAACCUCAGUCUCUCUGAUGCUGGGACUUACUACUGUGCUGUGGCCACAUGUGGGGAGAUCCUGUUUGGCAACGGAACAAACCUAAAUAUUGGUAAGUAAUGAAUAUUAUGUGUUAUAAUGUUGAAAAUACAGAAGAAAGUUUAGUCAUAUUAAAAGUGGUGCAUGUACAUUGAGUGUUCAAAAC